GCUCCUCCCUCCGCCCGCCGCGAGGGGGCGCUGCGGGACCGGGACCGGCACCGGGAUCGGGAUCUGAGAGCCGGGAUCGGCACCGGGGUCUGAGCCGGGACCGGGACCGGGACCGGGAUCUGAGAGCCGGGAUCGGCACCGGGGUCUGAGCCGGGACCGGGAUCGGCACCGGGACCGGGAUCUGAGCCGGGAUCGGCACCGGGACCGGGAUCUGAGAGCCGGGAUCGGCACCGGGACCGGGAUCUGAGCCGGGAUCGGCACAGGGAUCUGAGCCGGGACCGGAGCCGGGGUGUCCCCGCCGCCCUCGGCCCGGCCCCGGCACCGGCAGGAGCCUCACGGUGAGGCCCGGAGGGGCCCGGGUCAGGCGCGGGGUCGGGCGCGGUUCGUGUCCCGGGCAGCGCCGUGCGGCCUCGCUGGCGGCAGGAGCGGUACCGGAGGGGCUGGAGGCAGCCCGGGACAGCCCCGUGUGCCCGGGGCCGGUGGGUCCGCGCACCCUCCGGUGGUCCGGUGGCCGCUGCUCGGCACGGGAGCUGUCCGGAUCCCGGAGCAGCCCUGCCCCGCACGGCCGGUCCCGCCUGCGGGCGGACAGCGGAGCUCUGCGGCCCUUCCUGCCCGCGUGUGCCGGUCCGGCUACCGGGGAGCGGCGGCGGGACCGGCCCCGGGGCGGCCGGGCUGCGCUCCGGGACGGGCUGGGCACAGCGGGCUCUGUCCCGUGCCGGAGCUGCAGCCGAGCCCAAGCGGGUUCUGACCCAGAGCAGCUUUAGUUGCCAGAGACAAAACCACUCCCGACUGCAUCCAGAGAAAGGGAAGCACUGCUGGAACCUCCGGAGCAGCAGCUGGGCCGGACCCCGGGAUGCCGAGAGCUGCAGGCAAACAGAAUGCCCUAAAUCCUGCUGCCUUCCUUUGGCCUCAUGGUUAGAAGGAGAUUUAAAACGUGUUUGGAGAUUCUGUUGAGUCUCACAGCAGGCUGGAGCAGCGCCCCGUACCCGCCCGGUGCCCGGUGCCCGGUGCCCGCCGUGGCGAGCGGCUGCUGCCACCGGCUGGUCCCCGCCCCGCACUGCGGCCGCCCGGCCCCGCCGCUCCCGUCCUCGUUCAGCGCCUCUGCUCCGUCCCUGUCCGCAUCCCUCCCUCUGCGCCGCCUCCGAGCUGAGCUUCACAGCUGAGGGCCGAGGGAAGCGCAGAUCCCAGAGAGAAACACAUCUUUAAUUCAGACUUUGCAUCUUUUUCUGCUGGAGUAUUUUUAACGCCCUUCUGCCUCUCCUUUUUGUGGUGGUGCAGGUGUCCUUUCCCAUAGGAUUUUUGGGGCAGAGCCAUUCCCGACGCUGUGUUCUGGAUCCAAACGGGGCUCGUGGGCUGCAGCUCUUUUGAAGGCUUUGCUCUGUCACAAGGUGUGCUGCGUCGUGACAGGAACAGGCUUUUUAAAGCUGUUUGCUUUGAGCUCUCUUGGCACAUUCAGGCGAGGCUUUUUCUCUGCUUUUUGUAAAAACUAUAUUUAAAGUGCCAGGACAAUUUUUGCCGCUGUGCUUUUAUAGGAUUUGCAGCUGUGAAUGUACUUUAAAAGAGUUUACAGCUGGGUUGAAGUGUCCCCUCGCUUCAAAUAACGUCACAGCUUCGUGGUGCAGGAGAAGGUGCCUCCCACCAGUGGCUUUGCGAGUGCUGGGGAGCACAAGGGGAAUAGGAGCAACCCAAAACUUUUAUUUGUGGUUAAAUAGGAAUCAUAAUAACCCUGUGGUUGAGGGUUGGAGCUGUCAGUGAGCCAGUCUGGGUCUUGGGUCUUGCCUUGCUGAUGAUUUGCUCUCUGUCCUCUCGUGCAGUUUCGGCCUGGCUGGGUUUUUUCUCCACAAUGCAGUAGGAAAAUGUCAGUGAUUUUAGGUUGUGGAGCGAUGGAUUUGGGGAUCUCUGUGUGUUACAGAGUGCUGGAGCAGACAGGAGGGCAGGAUGGGGUGUCACUGGGACCUGGCGAGAGCUGCGGGCUGUGUGUUUCUCCAGCUGAAAAGCAGUUGGGGGCUGGGGAGCCAACGGAAGAAAUGUUUUAUCUUAAAGAGCUGCACAGCAGAUCCUGCCCUCCUCCCGUGGCUCGGGGCCAGGGGGUCAGAGCUGGGCCACCACGGCACCCAGGACAUGUAGACACUGAACUGGGAGGCUCCACAAAGAGGUUGAAAUCCCUCAGGCGAGGUUUGCAGGGAGGAGGAGGACGGGUGGAUUCAGAACGUGCAGUGUGCCCGGCAGGCAGGUGCCAGGAGCUUUGCCAAAACACUGGAAAAUUGCAGGUGGUGAGGGUGGAGUGGCACAGGGUUUGUGUCCUGCCUGUGCUGGGGGAAGCUGUGUGCCGGAGUUCCACCCUGCUCUGGCAGAGCUGUGCCAUGCAGCCAGCUGAGUAAAUCCAUUCCUGGCUUCCCAGGGGCAAACACGGAGCAGGAGAGAGGAGGGAGCUCCUGGCAGCCCUCCUGCUUACACGGGGGUUACGCUCAGAGUCCACAGGAAUUCUGUCUCCAUUCCAAGGAAAAGAGGCUUAAAUCCCAUUCACAGCGUUGGAUGUGUGUGAGGAUGCUUGGCUCCAGCUGCUGGAGUUCCUGCUGAGGCGGGAGCAGCCUGUCUGCUCCAGGGAUUCGCUCCAGCCCGGGGAGGAGUGGGCUCUCCCUCAGUGUCUUGGCCAAGGUUAACAAGACAGGGAUUUUUUUUUUUAGUAGGAACAAUAUCAAAGAGGUCUCUGCGUCAUCUCCCAGACCUGUGAUCUCUUCCAUAAGUGACUUUCUUGUUCACAGAGACUUGCACCUUUCAAGCGCCUGACAGUAAAUAAAGGCACAAAAUUCACAAAUGAGGCUGAAGCCAGAAAUCCCUUUCUUUGUCCUCUGUGUUUGCCACCCCAGGAUUCCCACACUGGAAGGAGAAUUCCCCUGGCACCGGUGACCUGAGGGGGUGUGGGAUGGAGCGGUGGAGCAGGGCAGACCCCCAGCUCCGAGAGGUCGUGUGGUUCGCCCUGCGCUGCCGGGCCCUGGCGCUGCUGCUGCAGGCAAGUCUGUCCUCCAGCCAGGGAGGCUCUGCUGGGGUUUGCUCCCUUCAGUACCCCUGGGAUCCAUGAGCUGGUUCUGCACAAUGUGGAAAUCAACUUCUCUGGAGAGCCAACAGAGCGUCUGCAGCCAGGGGUUUUACUUACAGGUUGCUGUUAAGUAAAAUCACAUUAAUUUCCUUGUAACUUGCUGUGUUUUCAUGCUGCUGCUGCAAGAGGCUGGUUUGGCUCCAAGUGUGUUUAUCCACAGAAAAGGAACAAUAAUCUCCUCCUGUACAUUCCUCCCAAGUCUUGUUUCCAGAGACAUCCUGCUCUGGGCAUGGGAGAGCUUGGCUGUGCCAGCCAGCACAGAGCGCAGUCAUAGCCAUGAGCAGCUUUCCCCGCUUUGCAGGGAUUCAUGUGGGAUCCCAGAGCGUUUCUCUGUUCAGAUGUCAAUACCCCAAAAGGUUGCGUCUGCCCCUUUUCACAACCUCGUGAGCAUCGUGGGGUCCGGCCUCGGUGCCAGCAGGAGCUCUCCUGCCCGGUGCUCUCCUCCAACCCGCACCCCUCUCUUGUUUUGCAGGCCGUGUUUAACCUGCUGGUCCCGGACCACGCUGCCGACGCCUUCUCUCCGCCGCGGCUGGGCCCGCCGGGCCCGUGGGACGCGCUGGUGGAGCGGCUGCUGGGCGGGCUGGGCCGCUGGGACGCCGAGCAUUUCCUGUUCAUCGCCGAGCGUGGCUACCUGCUGGAGCACAACUGCGCCUUCCUGCCGCUCUUCCCACUGGGGCUGCGGCUGCUGGCCGGGCUGCUGCCGUGCCCGCUGCAGCUGCAGCCGCGCAGCCGGUUGCUGCUGGCGGCCGCGCUGCUGAACGCGCUGCUGUCGGCGCUGGCGGCCGCGGCCCUGCUGCGCCUAGGCCGGGCCGUGCUGCGGCGGCCGCGCCAGGCCUUCCUGGCCGCGCUGCUCUUCUCCCUCAGCCCUGCCGGCGUCUUCAUGGCCGCUGCCUACUCGGAGAGCGCCUUCGCCGUGCUGGCCUUCAGCGCCAUGUGGCAGCUGGAGAAGGGGCACGGCUGGCGCAGCGGGCUGCUCUUCGCCCUGGCCGCUGCGGCCCGGGCCAACGGGCUGGUCAACGCCGGCUUCGUACUCUACUGGUGCAGCAAGCGCUUGGCGCUGCAGCUGCAGCGGGGAGCGGCGUUCCCCGUGCUGUGGAAGCGGGCCCUCGGCCUGGCAUCUUCGGCAGCCCUGCUGUGUGCCCUGAUUUUCCUGCCUUUUGUGGUGUUUCAGUACUACGCCUACGUGAGGUUCUGCGAGCCUGGCGCGGGGCUGGGCCAGGCCGUUCCCGAGCCGCUGCUGCAGCUGGCACGGGACAAGGGCUAUCGUGUGGCAGGCGUGGCUGGGGCUAAACCCCCUUGGUGCUCCCAGCGCUUCCCCCUGGUCUAUUCCUAUAUCCAGGACACUUACUGGAACGUGGGCUUUUUAAGGUACUUUGAGCUCAGACAGAUCCCAAAUUUCUUGCUUGCUCUGCCUGUCACCCUUCUGAGCUCAUGGGCUGCCUGGACCUACGUCAGCACAAACCCCCGGCACUGCCUGACUCUUGGUCUAGAGAGGAGUAAGAGUGAAGAGAGAGGAAAGGCAAGAGAUGGAUUUUGUGGCCCUGCUGCCUUCGUGUACGUGGUCCACAGCACGGCCCUGCUGGCUUUUGGGUUCUGCUGCAUGCACGUGCAGGUGCUGACCCGGUUCCUUGGCUCCUCCUCUCCCAUCCUGUACUGGUUCGCAGCUCACCUGCUCCAGGAACACGAACCUUUACUCUGGAGCACAGGGGCUGAUAAGCCAGCCUCUGGGAAGGCUCUUCUAGCAAGAGCAUCCUGGGCUUCUUCCUGGGCUACUGGCUGCUGGGGCUGAUCCUGCACUGCAACUUCCUCCCAUGGACGUAGUGGGCUGUGCUGGUGGGACAGGAGCUCGGCUCAGAACUGAAACUCACCUGCUCUGAAAGCCUGAGGUGGCGGUGGUGACGCUGUUGUUGCAGUUACAAAGGUGUUACUCCUCCGUUGCCACGUCCCAGGCGGGAUGUUCUCUGUGGUGUGAUGCUGCAGCAUGCUGCCCCACUCAGCUGGCAUUCUGACAGCCAAAAUUCCCAUCCCCUGCCUGGGAUGGGGAAUGCACCUCGGUUCCUGCCGCUCCUGGGGGAGAUGACAGCAGGCACGGAUUUGUGGAGGAUGCUGUGAUGGGUUUGGGGAUUGCCUGGGAUGUGCUGUGGGCACGGCAGGAGGGUCCAGCUGCCGUGUGCUGCUCAGACUGUUCCGCUUCCUUGCCCAUGGAGCCAGGCUGGGCAGGGGCAGGCGCGGGUGGCGGGCGCUGCGUGGGCACAUGCACGACCCCAAUAAACACGGGAAGGUUACCGGA